UCCGAAAUUAUACAGAGGUAUCACAGAGAAAAACAAGAUUUUUCUUCAUUUUUCUCGAAGAUCAGCGUACCUGUGUCAGAAAAUGGUGAAAAGGAAGGUAUCAGGAGACAACGGUAAUGUCACCAAGUCAAUUCCUGUGGCUCACCAGCUAUCAGAUCUAGAGAUAAGUGAAGUGAGAAGCAAGCUACUGGCCUGGUAUGAUGCAAACAAGCGAGACCUACCAUGGAGAAAGCAGGCUUCAAACCCAGAUAUAAACCAGAGGGCUUACGCUGUUUGGGUGUCAGAAAUCAUGCUACAGCAGACACAAGUGGCCACGGUCAUUAACUACUACAAUAAAUGGAUGAAGAAAUGGCCAACACUACAGGAUCUAGCCUCAGCAUCCCUUGAGGAAGUAAAUGAGAUGUGGUCAGGGCUUGGAUAUUACUCACGAGGAAGAAGAUUGUUUGAAGGUGCUAAAAAGGUAGUUGAUGAGCUGGAUGGGGAGAUGCCAAAAGAUGCAGACAGCCUUCUUAAACACCUGCCUGGAGUUGGGAAGUACACAGCUGGUGCUAUAGCAUCCAUUGCCUAUAACCAGUGUACUGGUCUAGUCGAUGGCAAUGUGAUCAGGGUCCUGUCUAGACUGCGGAUGAUUGGAGCGGACAGUACAAGCCAGCCUGUCAUUGAUGCUCUGUGGUCUUUAGCAAAUGCAGUAGUGGAUAAGGAACGACCAGGAGAUUUCAACCAGUCACUGAUGGAGUUGGGUGCCACAGUAUGUACGCCUAAAUCUCCCGACUGUGCUGCCUGUCCACUACGUAACAAUUGCAAGGCUUAUGCUAAAGUUGAGCAACAGCGAAUCAAGAACUCGGAGAAGCUUACAUCAAUAGCAUCCGAGAAAAAUGCAGUGAUAGAUAUUGAAUGCUUGGCUGACCAAUGUUCUCUGUGCCUGCCAGACAUGGAAACCUAUGAUGACAGUGCCGGUGUUACAAACUACCCACGGAAGGGAAAAAAGCGAGCGCCUAGGGAAGAAAGGACAGCCGUCUGUGUCCUGUGUAGGAAAACCCCUACAGACGAGGAAUUUUUGAUACGACAGAGACCAGAAAAAGGUUUGCUUGCGGGGCUAUGGGAGUUCCCUAGCAAGCUGUUAGUUGGAGAGGGUGAGAGUUUACCAUACAGCGAUGUUUUGAUAGAACAUGGAGUAGAAGUGUUGUAUGCAACAAAAAAAAUCAGAUGCGGAGAGGUAGUUCAUAUAUUCUCACACAUUCAUCAGACCUAUGAUGUCGAGGGUGUGAUCGCCGGGGACAGCGACAUACAGGAGGACACAGAAAACAGGGACCAAGCGAGGUACCGCUGGGUCACCAGGCAACAGUUUUCUGAGGCAGCAGUUUCCACAGCAAUGAGAAAGGUUUUCAAGGCAUUUGAAUCUGCAACAAACCCCAAGACCCCUAGCUCAAAGGACUCAAAACUAACAAAGUUGAAACCAAAGGAAGAUAAGAAUCAGAAGUCAAUCGCAUCUUUUUUCAAACCAAAGACUACAGCAUGAACACUACUGAACAUAUUUUAUCCAUUAGUUUUAAAUCUCAGGUUCGAUUCUAGUAAACCUUUUUUGAAAAUUUUUUUGAACAAUAUUAAUAUUUGAAAUUGAGAAUGGGUAUGGUUCAAAUGUUUCCCAAUGGGAAUGGGUCAAAUAUUUCCCAAUUGGAAUGGGUCAAAUGUUUAGAAUGGGAAUGGGUCAAAUGUUUAGAAUGGGAAAGGGUCAAAUGAUUAGAAUGGGAAAGGGUCAAAUGUUUACCAAUGGGAAUGGGUCAAAUGUUUACCAGUGGGAAUGGGUCAAAUGUUUACCAAUAGAAAAGGGUCAAAUGUUUCCCAAUGGGAAUGGGUCAAAUAUUUCCCAUGGGAUGCCUAGAAAAAUGCCUUUCUAGUAUGUUUUAAAGGGAGGAUGCAUUUCAGGAUAAAUCCUGAAAUCAAAAUUCAGUGCUUUCAAUUUCAAAUUGAUGUAAAGUUUUGAUGUAAAGUUUUUUCUUUUGCUUUAUAAGUUUAAAAAAGUACCUUGAAAAUGAUAUAAAUGACUGGAAACAAUGUCAGCAGGGUACUAACGACAGCUUCGGUAAAUUGCAAGAAUCUCUAAUACUGGAACAUAAUGUUCAGGUUGUUUUUUUUGGUCGGGAAACCUUAUUUGUGAUGAGUUGAGUGAAAAUGGUCAGUAGAUUUGAUGAACAUAUUUUUAGCUAGUCUGUUGAAGAAAAAAGUUGUCAUAGCCUUGGUGUGUUAUAACCCUUGGUCAGAACUCAUUCAAGGUAUUCAUGUGAAACUUUGUACAUAUGUUACCAGUGAUGAAUUUUAUAGUUGUUGACUUGUACGCCUUGAUUUACUUAGAAAAAAAAAGAUUGUUGACAUAGUUUUUGAUGCUCUUAUAAUAAAUAUAUUUACUAUGUACGGUAUGUAUUCAUAUAACUGGAAUUUUUAAUAGAGUUCUUCUAGAACAUUGUUUUUUAUGUGUAUUAAAAUUGUUUAAAUAUAUUUUUGUAAAAUAAAC